AUGGGCGCGAUUGCUGAUCAUUUCGCCACCUGGACCGCCGCAGGGCUGUUUGUACGGCUGUGCUGCGUGUUCUCCUUUGUCUGGAUCGUCAUAACCACCUUUGCGCCGACACCGUACGGCCUGUUGGAAUACCGCAACUCGACGGCAGAUGGAGGCACAUACGGCAUAGGAGGAUGGGGCCUAUGCCCCCGCGAGACUGUGUGUGCGGAGGAGUGGUACACUAUCGCGCUGCUCGCCGUGUCGCGAUCGAGCGCCUACCUCAACUACCCGAUGAUGAUGCUCCUUUUCCUCUCAAAGACAAACCAUCUGCGAACGCUCCUGCAACAAACCUACCUCUCCAUCUACAUCCCAUUCUACGAUCUGCACGCGAUCCACACCCUCGCGGGCCACAUCGUAGCGCUGGACUACUCCCUCCACUCGGUCUGCCACAUUGUCCGCUGGGCGCUGCAGGGCAACGCCAAACUGCUGCUCACGCACCAAACGGGCGUGAGCGGCCUACUCUGCUUUGUGCUGAUUCCCGUCAUCACGGUCCCCCUGUCGGUGGCGUACAUCAAGAAGCGCAUGGCGUGGGAGUGGCGCAAGGGCCUGCACUACCUCUCCAUCGUGUGGGGCAUCACGAUCUGCUUCCAUGCGCCGCUCAUGGACAUCGCCUGGUUGAUGGGCGUCCCGGUCGGCAUGUACCUAGCCGACAUGCUUAUUGGCUCGGUCUGGCGCACCUACCGCGUCGACACGUCCAUCUUCUACCGGCUCGAAAACGGCGUCGAGCUCACCUUUGAGCACCCGCCCGGCUUUCACUUUCAAGGCGCGGGCUACGUCCUCGUCUGCCUUCCCUGGAUCUCGCAGUACCAGUGGCACGCCUUCUCGCUUUUCGCCCACAGCACCAAGCCCAACCACGCGUGCGUGUGCAUGUCCGCGGUCGGCGACUGGACCAAGUCGCUCCACGCUCACGUGCAGGAGCCGACGCGCCGUCCGGCGUGGAUCAGUGGCCCCUUCGCGUCGCCCUACUCGACGGCUGGCGAGUAUGAUAACCUGAUCCUCGUCGCGUCGGGGAUCGGGAUCACGCCCGCCCUCUCGCUAAUCACGACCUACAAGGAGAAGCGGCGCGUCAACCUCAUCUGGUCGUGCCGCGACGCCUCCCUCGUCGAGUUUUACCUCGACAAGUGCCAGUUCAGCACGGACGGGUGGACUCUUAUUUACUACACUGGCAAGCGGCAGCUCGAGCUCCCGCGCGCGCUGCCGCCGACCGUGCUGAUCUUCAACGGGCGGCCCGACCUGCAGAACAUCGUCCAAGAGAUGAUCGUCGGCGUCGAGACGGGCGGCGGCCUGCCUGAGGACCUGCUCCUCGAUGCUGAGAAGCUCGAGGCGGACCUGCUCCGGAGUCAGCUGCAUGACGACCACGCCUCGAUGCGGUCGGAGCUCCCCAGCGUCAAAGAGGACGAGGUGGUGCUGGACGUCAAGUCCAGCCGAUCGACAUCGCCGUACCGCAAAACCGCCGGUCUGCCCACCACGUCGUCUGAACGGUCGUCGUCGCCCUACAAAGGGAACCGCGACUCCUUCUCGCGACGGCUGAGCCUCGAGGCGUUCGACGACGGGAUCAAAGACAUGGUGAAGCGCGUGGCGAACUCGCUGACUUCCCGAGGGAGCGCUGCGGAGCGGCGGAGCGUCGCUCCACGGGCCUCCAUAGGGUCGACGAAGUCCAAGAUGUCCGCGUGGGAGGGAUCAUCGCACCCGGGCGAGCUGAUGAGCCGACGCUCGAUGGAGAGAGAAAUCAUGACGAAGGUCAAGCACGAGCGUGCGUCGGUCGGUGACCGCCGCUCGCAGGCGCAAUCCCGCUUUAGCCAGGCGGGAAGCGCGCCCAGGCCUCCAAAACCCGAGGAGAAGGGGAAGAGACAGGGAUCCUUCGUCGAGCGGAUCGGGCAAGCGCGACUCGCCACCUGGCAGAUGCUCUACUGUGGCGGCAGCCAGCCGGUGGUCGACGCUUUGCGCGGCAUCGAGCGAGACUUCCGCGUGCAGCUGCGGACGGAGAAGUUCGACUGGUGA